AUGAGCAGCAAGGAAAUGAAAAUUGUGGUGGUCGGCGAUGGUGCCGUGGGAAAGACAUGUUUGUUGUGGGUCUAUGCCAACAACUCAUUCCCUGAAACCUAUGUACCAACUGUAUUCGAUAAUUAUAAAACAACUGUGAAUUUGGACGGUAGAACAGUGAAAUUGGAACUUUGGGAUACUGCUGGCCAAGAAGAAUAUGAUCGCUUGCGUCCACUCUCAUAUCCAGGAACUCAAGUUUUCCUCAUUUGUUUCUCAACUGUCGAUGAAACUAGUUACGCAAAUAUUAGAACUAAAUGGUACCCCGAAGUGAGUCACCAUUCAGAUAACGUCCCAAUGAUCCUUGUCGGAACAAAAGUGGAUUUACGUGAAAUGGGAGACAAGUCACAAGGAAGUGACAGCAUCUCUGCACAACUUGGAGAGAAAUUGAGAGCAGAAAUUAAGGCUGUUAAAUAUGUGGAAUGUUCUGCCAAGACACAACAAGGAGUGAAGAUGGUGUUUGAUGAGGCCAUCAGAGCUGUCCUUUUCCCAAGAAAUUCAGGAACAAAGAAAAAUUGUGAGAUAUUGUAA